GGAGGCUUCAUCCUGGAAGCUUUCGGCGGGGAUGUCUUCAGCCAUGGUCUUCUCGGUGGCGAAGAUGACGGGGCAGCUUUCGUUUUCCGCCCCGGUUGGUCUCGCCGUUGGCUGCUCCCCUUCCUGCAGGUGCCUGGGGCCCCGAGGGAGGUGAAAGGGAGCUGAGAGAUUCAUCACGGGGAUGAUCAGGUUUUCUCCGGGCAAAAGGCUGAGCUGAGAGGCUGCAGGAAUCCCCUUUUCCCCGAGGGGGAGCGGAGGGGAAGGGUGAAGCCCCCUUCCCCAAGGGGGACCCCGUGGGUUUCAAAGAGACCAGAUUGAAAAUAAACAUCCUUAAUAACUUCCUGGCUCGGUACAGAUCCACCUGCAGCUUCUCUAUAACACCCUCCCCAAAAAAAUAAAUACCCAGGGAAGCAGAGGAGUAACCCCCACCCCAAGUUUCUCCAUGGUCCAGCACCCAGAAACCAGUCUGGUCUCAUUCCUCAUUAAUAAAUGCACUCUUAAGGGAUUAAUUAAUUGAAGGGCACGGGGGGAAAAAAGCUUGAUACAGCUCCCUUCUUCAUGCUAAACCACCAAACACAUCCUUCGCUGCUCGUUUUCAGCCCUUUCUUAUUUUGCAUGCCUAACUGCUGGCUUCACCACCGUCUUAUUUGCGUUCAUGCGUGUGUACGUGCGGCUAUAAUUCUUUUAUUGCUGCUUUCGCUUCUCCUUUUAAACAGGAUGCUGUUUCUUUCACGGCUCAGUGCUAAGCCCGGAGUCAAGUGACAAGCAAUUACCACUCAGCCGUUUAUUUUGAUCUUCCCUUUUCCUCCAGGCUUGCCUGAGCUUGAGGAAAGGAGGGGAUUUCCUUUUGCCCUGUAAGUGAAAUAACUCCACGAAAAGCCAUAUCCAUCAUCUGUCUGCUCAGGGAUGGGUUCUCCUUCAGCUGGCUGCAGAAAAGCUUCCAUCAGCCUUUUGCCACCACGUUUUUGGGGGGAGAUGUGAUAUUUCAUUAGUGUUGAACAAUUAGGUUGUUUAGGCUGAAAUAUCACAUCUAUCACAUAAAUCAAUCACAUAUCACAUCACAUCUUAUCACACGAAUAAGCAGGUUUUUAUUUUCCUGCGAAGCCUCUGGCUGUAUAAGCCAGCCCUGAAUCCAAAACUUCAUCCAAAAUUUGCUAUAAUAACACCAAAAUUCACUAUAAUGAUGCCAAAGUGACAAAUGUCCUCCUCCCCAUCACCUUUCUGCAGCUGUCCUGGAGGGACAAGAACAUCAUUCUCCAUCCCAUUAGAUAAAAAUCCCCAAAUUCACUCAAUCCCACAGACCACUGACCUGUGGUCCAUGGAAUAGCUGCUACCAGUCCAAAGCCCUUUUCAUGCCCAAACGAACAGGGUGUAUUUGCAUGGGGACGAUGCUGGCUAACGAAGCAGCACAUUUUCUGAAAACAUCAGUAAAUAAAUAACACAUCUGUGGUUUCUGGUUUGCAGGUUUUUUGCAGGGGGGCAUCAUGAUUUUCUGGUGCAGAUUUCCGUGCCUGUGAGCACUCAGAAUGAAACUGGUGGUACGGUUUCAUAUUCAAGGCCUUUUAUAUUUUAUUUUAUUUUAUUUUAUUUUAUUUUAUUUUAUUUUAUUUUAAUUUUAUUUUAUUUUAUUUUAUUUUAUUUUAUUUUAUUUUAUUUUAUUUUAUUUUAUUUUAUUUUUUUAGGAGGGGUGUUCAUCUGGAGUUAAGGGUUGAUUUAUUAGGGAAUGAGACGUGCAGAGGAACUGAUGCUGGGAUUUGCAUUCAGGGCACUCUUUUCUCUCCUGCUUUGCUUCCUCCUGCUGGCCCAUGAAUGCCAACAGCCUCAUUACCUCUUUCCUUCCUGGCACAAGCCACGUUUCCUCCCCAAUUACCUACAUGAGCUGCAUAAUCACCAUAACCUCGGAGCAAUCACCUGCAGCGGCUUUGCUUUUUGCUGUGCCUGUUUGGGGCUUGAAGCAGAGCUUGGUGCACCUGGAAAAGCAUCACUGCUUCUCCAAAUCCAGCCAUGUCACUUGAUUUUGCCAAGCCCUGGGGGCACUAACGAGCAUUAAUGGCCCCAAGCAGCCUCCACCUGAGCCCCCCACCUAGCCCAUGGCACAGGGACUCUAUUUAAGCUCAGUUUUUAGGCUUUUAGCAUUUUUGCAAGCUGCUUUAGAGGAGAACCCACGCAUGGCUGUGGACCUGCUGAUCCCUACACCCCAUGGGCUGCCUUCGUGAUUCCAAUGCCUUUGCAAAGUGAUUUUUAUCCCCUAAGAAAAAUUAGCAGAGAUUUGGAGCUGCUUAUUUCAGUAUGGAGAAAAUGUGUUUUAGGGGUGUUUGAGACCAUUGUUUUAGGGAAAAGGUGGGUGAGGGAGCACCCAGAACCCACGAGGGAGAGGCUGAGGAGUGGGUGAAGCAUCAUUUACCAUGUCUAAGUGAUGUUGAACUUGAUGUUAAACAGCAAUAAGACACAGAAAAGGGAGUCAUGGGGUACUUUGAUGUACUAAUUUCCCUUAAUGUCAACGCUAAACCUUAGGGUAAAGCUCCCCAGAGGCUUAGCUUGCCUUCAGAUAACCCAACCCAGCUGCUAAAAGAAGGCUUGGUGCGUUUUUAUUUGUUUUCUUGCAACCAAAGCCUUCUAGUACUGCUCUCUACAGGUUAAAAUAAUUACGCCCCUCUGCAAAUGAGCCCUGAGCUCAUUGUAAGCAGCAGAGCUGUGAGCGAGUGUGGUCUCAUGAGGGAGCUGGAGGCUCUUUUUUGAAAGAGGAACAUUUGUUGAAUGCCUCUCUGUGAGGGCAGCUAGAAAAUUAGUAAUCAAAGCUUUUAUUAUGGGCUUCUGCUUAAUUGCUUCAAGCCAUCAAUUAGGGAAGUGGGGGAAGGAAUUCAAGGGGCAACCCCAAAAUUGCUGUCAGGCACAAGUUGCCCUGCUUGAGUUUUCCCUUUUCUUUGCAUUGCUUUAGCUCCUGCCUCCUUUCUUCAGUCUCUUAGGUUGUAGUUUAAGGGUUAAAUAUAAAUGCAGGCCAGGAAAAGGGUGUGCUUUUUCCUGUGAUCAGCCACAUGAGGAAGCCGAUUGGGCUGAAAAAUGGGUCUGGGGGGGUGGGAAAUGGUUUGUUUUCAGGCUGUUUGGUGUCUGGUUCUGCAGAGGUGGAGAGGGCAGGAUGGUGGUGGCCAAAGCUAUGGGAUGGGUCAGCUGCAGAGGAUGGUUCAAAUGUAAAAAAAUAAAGUAAAAUGAAAUAUAAUGAAAUAAAAUAAAAUGAAAUAAAGUAAAAUAAAAUAAAAUAAAAUAAAAUAAUAAAAUAGGGUGCUGUUUGCUGCAGAACCGAUGCUGGCCCCACGUGUGCCUCCACCAUUGCUUUCCCAACCUUCUCAAACCUUCUCCUUUUCCAAGGAUGUCCUUCUCUAUUUUUUUUCCAAGCCAAGCCCCCUCCCUAAAUCCUCCUUGCUCCCAUCCCCAGCUCAUCCAGGAUGCGGGUCUUGCCCCGAUUUUUAGCAGGGAUCCCUUUCCCCAUCCCAGAAGAAGAUCCCCGAUGUAUCUAGAUCCAUUCUGCCAACCCGCGGGUACUAGGGCACCCAUGCAGGCAUUUUGGGCAUCACCUCCUCUCCCCGGUCCCACCCCAGGAUCAUCUCUAGCUCUGCCCACCCCGAGCACUGGGGUGAUGGGAAGGGAAACGCCUUUCCCUCGCGCGGAGGAAAAUGAAAGUUGGUGCUGGUUUGCAACAGGGGCCCCAUGGCUGCACCGAGCCCUGUCCCCAAGCUCCCCAGCGAAGCCUCCUGCCCAAUCUGCCUGGAAUAUUUCCGAGACCCCGUCUCCAUCCACUGCGGUCACAAUUUCUGCCGGGCGUGCAUCACCCGCUGCUGGGAGUGGUCCACGGCGAAUUUCUCCUGCCCGCAGUGCAAAGAGACGGCCCCGGAGAGAAGCUUUCGUCCCAGCCGGGAGCUGGCGAGGGUCCUCGAAAUAGCCAAGAGGUUGAGUUUGCAAGCAGCCAGAGGGGAUGUGGUGGAGGAGGAAGGAUGCGAGAGGCACCGGGAGCCUCUGAACAUCUUCUGCAAAGACGACGAAACCUUCAUCUGCGUGAUCUGCCGGGAGUCCCGGCUGCACCGGGCUCACACCAUGCUUCCCGUGCAGGAGGCUGUCCAGGAAUACAAGGGACAAAUCCAAGCCCACCUGCAAACACUGAAGGAAGACAGAGACAGGCUCCUGGGCUUUCGAGAGGCUGAAAUGAGGAGAAACUGGGAGUAUUUAGAGAAGACCGAGGCUGAAAGGCAGAAGGUUUUGAGCACGUUUGAAGGGCUGCGUCUCUUCCUGGAGGACCAGGCACGUCACCUGCUGGCCCAGCUAGCGGAGCUGGAGAGGGCCAUAGAAAAAAUACAGGAAGAAAACAUCACCAACCUGACAAAGGAGAUCUCGCACCUGGACACCCUGAUCCAGGAGUUGGAGGAGAAGUGCCAGGAGCCAGCAAGUAAAUUUCUGCAGGACAUCAGAGGCACCUUGAGCAGGUUUGGAAAGGAAAACUUCCAGCAGCCCACGUUGCUUCUUCCAGAGCUGGAAAAUAAAAUCAGUCUCUUCAGGGAGAAAAAUAUUGCUCUAGAGGAGACUCUGAGGAACUUCAAAGACAUCCUGAUGUUUGAGCUGCCUGAAAAGAUGAAUGUGACCCUGGAUCCAGCCACAGCUCACCCCCAGCUUGCCGUGUCGGAGGACAGGAGGAGCGUGAAGUGGGAAGAUGCCCAGCAGGACGCAUCCGAUGAGGGAUUUGGCCCCGAUCCUUCUGUUCUGGGCUGCGAGGGCAUCACCUCGGGGAGAUGCUGCUGGGAGGUGGAGGUGACACCCAAAGGCUCCUGGGCUGUUGGUGUGGCCAGGGAGUCUUUGAAGAGGCGAGAAGAGACCCCUGUGAGCCCUGAGAUUGAACUGUGGUCUAUGGGUCUGUGUGAGGACCAGUUUUGGGCUCUCACCUCCUUUGAGCGCACGCCGUUAUCCCAAAUCCAGGUCCCUAGAAGGGUCCGGAUCACCCUGGACUAUGAGAGGGGUCAGGUGGCGUUUUUUGAUGUCGAUAGGAAGGCCUUGAUCUUCAUUUUCUCAGCAGCCUCGUUCAAAGGGGAGAGUGUUCACCCCUGGUUCUUGGUGUGGAGCGAGGGGUCUCGGAUCACAUUGUGCCCCUGAAACACUCCCUUCUUACCCAAACACAAAUUUUAUGUCCCCAACACCCCCGGUUCUAGCACUUUGGAGGACUCCUACCAAAUUCCUACUAGGCCUUUCUGGCCUCUUCCCAUUCUCAGUGACCCCAAAGGGCUAAGCAUCUCUGUGGGUUGAUGUCCCAAACUGUAAUUGCCAGUUUGGGGUAUCGGUGGCUGACAGAUGGAGCCACUUCUUCCCCAAAACGUCUUGCACCAGACUGGCAGCUUCUCCAGUCUUAGGGUUUCAGAUGAAGUAAAAAGGUUUACAUGCUGUGA